CCUCAAAUCCUCACCUCUUUCUUCAAAAUGCGCGUCGACAGUUUCUUAGCACUAAUUGCUAUAUCUUCGCUUGUGAAUGCAGCUUGCUACCACCCAUCCCCUGCCUUUCCCCUCCCCUCCCUUGAUCCUUCAGAUCCCAUCUUACGCGCCGCCUUUGCACGAAUAAGCAAUGCUGCUGCCCUCCUGGUCGCCGCUCCAGAAUAUGAUGACCAUUCAUACUCCAUCGAAGUGACUUCGUCGAAUCAGUCGCUUUGGUCGGCACAUCAUACAGCGCGGGAGAAAAACAAAGAUGGACGUGGAGUGGAUAAAGUGGACGGGGAUACCGUGUACAGGAUCGCGAGUAUCACGAAGACGUUCACGGUCUUGGGACUACUAUAUGAGGCCGCAGCAGGUAACUUGAGCCUUGAUGAUACUGUAGACAUGUAUUUGGAUGAUUUGAGUGGUAAAAGAGGUGGCCAAAUACCUUGGAAGGACAUCACGUUGAGAAGUCUAGCAAGUCAAUUGAGCGGAAUACCAAGAGAAUUCGCUCAGUCCGACCUCAUGAAUACUCUAAAAGAUCCAGUAUCAUGGGGACUUCCUCCCGUGGAUCGAAAAGGUCUCGUAAAAUGCGACGAAUAUGCCGAUUAUCAUCCACCUUGCGAUGUCGAAGAUCUAAUUGAUUCAAUAACGUCCAAACCUCCACUAUUCGCGCCCAACCAACGCUCCACAUAUUCAAACGUCGCCUUCGAGCUCCUAGGCCUUGUAAUUGCCAACACGUCGCAGAGCUCGUACAUAUCGUAUGUAGAAGAAGCCAUAUUGCAACCUUUGUCCAUGUCGCGCAGCGCUGUCACCAAGCCGCCAGACAGUCAUGGAAUCAUACCAAAUGGUUUCCAAUUUUGGGAUAUCGACCUAGGAGUCCAGACGCCUACAGGAGCAGUCUAUUCGUCGUCUAGUGAUCUCUCCAAGUUUCUCCGAUAUAUAUUGAAUUACUAUAAUGGCAUCACACAUGCCACAAACUGGUUACAACCCGCGAGCUGGGCGGAAGGCCUCCAGAGCUUCUACGGAAUGCCCUGGGAGAUCUUUAGAACUGAUGAAAUAUUGGCCUCUAGGCGCCCUGUGACUUUUGCGACAAAAAGUGGUGGUCUGCCGGGAUAUGCCUCCCUCAUUUUUUUGUUGCAGGAAUACGACAUCGGCAUAACUAUUCUAGAUGCGGGGGGCCGCGCCCCCUUACUCUUCAAGUUGCGCGACAUCGUGACUGUUGAAGUAGUUCGAGCGGCGGAAGAGGUGGCGCUCAAAAAGCUCGAGCGCUAUACGGGAAAUUACGUUGCAACGGAGACAGAUCUCAACUCUUCUCUCACGCUGAGCGUGGAUUUGCAUGGCCUCUCCGUUACACACUUCGUCUCUAACGGCACCGACAUGCUGGAUUCUGUAAUCCCAAAUUUCCCUGGGAUUGAAGGACCUUGGCGAGCACAGCUCACACCCACGCUACUUUUCAAAGACGAGGAGAACCAAGAGGGGGAAUUAUGGAGACUGCAGGUAGUGCCAGAGAAGACGGAGGGAGAGGGUGAUGAGGGCAAAUCUAUCUGGGAUAAUUUCUGCGUGACUGAUGUCGACUCGCUCACGUAUGGAGGCGUGCCCUUGCAGGAGUUUGUCUUCUGGGAAGAUGAGGAAGGGGUAGUCGAAGGCUUAGACUUAUCUGCUUUUAGACUCAAGACGAGGCGGCUGGUUGGUAGCACGGAUCGAGAAGAAGCGCAGCAGGAGCUGAGAUAAGUCCUUAGUCUACACUUCGAAUUCUUUCGCAAAAGUACGUAGGAUGUUGGAUAAAAAGCACGCCCCGCCUAAGAUUAUUGGGACUGGAAAAUAAGAGACAUUAUAUGUUCCAAUAUAGGAUUGCUUUG